UCACUCAUUUGAUGUUCGUUCGUCGAGUUUCUCUGUUUUAUCCAAAAUGGUUGUCGAAGAAAAACGAGUGACCUGGUAUUCGAGAAUCUGGUCUUGGACGCCAGCUAGCCUUUGGGAUGCUGCAAUUGAGAAAGCAGGCCAGGUCCCCGCUGCAGCAUCGGCUACGACCAUUGAUUUCGAAGAAUGUCCGCCUUUCAGGGGAAUGGAAUCUGUCAAACGACGAAACGCAGUCAGAAAUCGAAACCGAAAAGGACGUCAACAUUACAAUACCUAUGGGUUGACUCGUAAUUCGAGUAAAAAUGACGGCUGGGAGACAGAAACUCCAUUGAGUGAAAUUAAAACUCCAGUGAAAACGAUGUUCGACUGGUAUCACCCAUGGAAAAUGGAGUCUACGGAGAAAACAAUUUCCUUACUGCCAGCAACUCAACAACCCGUAUUUCGUGACUCAAUUGCAGGAAAUUGUGAACAGCUUCAGCAGUACUUGGAGUCUCUAGAAUUUAUAGUCGAUACUUCAACCGUUGUUAAUUUUGCGGAUGAAAAAGGUCGUCGAGCCAUCCAUUUUGCUUCAGCCUUUGGCCAUUUCGAUAUUAUUGAGUUAUUGCUCUCUUAUGGAGCAAAUCCGAAUGCUUUGGACUCAUCAAACAGCAUCACGCCCUUGGCUUGUGGUGCCGUGAAUGGGAACGAGAAAAUAAUGGAAUUGCUGAUCACGAAGGGGGCGAAUAUAAACUACGGUUUGGAGAGGGAUUAUAGGACCGACGCUGAGUCAGAAUCACAUACGGCGCUGAGCUGGGCUGUGAGAACUGAAAAUGCGAAAUCUGUAAAAUAUCUUUUGGAGAAAGGGGCUUUGUUAGCUGGGACCACUAUUAAUUGGGAAACGCCACUACACGAAGCUGCCUACUUGGGAAAUAUUGACAUACUAAAAUUACUUGUUCAGAAUGAAAGGAAUUUGCAAAGUUUAGAAUUGCGUGGAGGAAAGGAUAAAAACACCCCCCUUAACGUGGCCGUAGAGCAAGGGCAUUUAGACUGCAUGGAAUUUUUGUUAUCAGUUGGAGCUAAACCAAAUAAAUUUAAUAUUUAUGGCCAAACUUCACUACAGCUCUCGGCAAUGACAAAAGAUUUUCAAGCAAUACAACUUUUGAUAAAGAACGGGGCUGAUGUCAACACUAGAGACACGAGGAACCGGACUCCACUUCAUCACUGCAUCCAAUUUGCGUCGUUGUCCAACUAUGUUGAAGCCAUCCAGUGCAUUGAGACCUUGUUGUACAAUGGGGCUGACAUUAAUGCCCAAGAUGAAAAUGGCUUCACGCCCUUCAACACAGCCGUGGACAAUGGGGCUUCUACAAUUGUCGCCACACUUUUGAAACAAGGAGCAGACCUUACAAUCACAAAUAAUGCUGGGCAAAGUGGAGUGGAGAUUUUGGUAAAGAAGAUGCCUCAUGCAAUCAGAUACAUCAGAGAAAGUUUAGACUUUGCAAUUUUUGUCAAACAAAAUGACAUUGCUGAUCCGGACUGCACCAUCUCUUUUGAUUUUCGGCCAAUCAUCGUUACAAAUAACAAUGAGGAUGUCAAAACUUCAACACCCAGAAAAGAAACCGAGGUUUUGCUAUCAUUUUGUGCCUUUGGACAUUAUGACAUUCUCUCACAUCCACUGGUUGAAGCAUUCCUCGUUCUGAAGUGGGAGAGGGUUAUGAAAUACUUUUGGGCGUCUUUUAUUGCCAAUCUGCUGAUGGUCUUGGUCUAUUCCUAUUUCGUUUUCCACCUGUACGCCUCAAUGUGUCCAUUGACUGCUCAAAACGUGACAGUGACAACCCCAGAGAAUAUUUUAAUUGAAAUUGAAAUGCCGGACUACCUUCAAAUGAUUUGGUAUCUCUUAUGCCUCAUGAUUUUUGUCUUCACGAUAAAAGAAUUAGUUCAACUGGUUUUAUCACCAAAGUCAUAUUUUAAAAUGGGCGAAAACUACAUUCAACUGAUUUUUAUAAUCCUGGCGUUACUCACUAUUCUGCCGGAUCCAUUGGGACCAGUUAACUUCAAAGGUGAUAUCUGUCAUUGCCUCAAUCGUUGGAAUCAUAUUCAUUACAGGUCUGCCGCUGUGAGUGUUGUCGUAGCCUGGUUUCUGAUUUUACUCCGAAUUGGCAAAUUACCCAAACUUGGUCUAUAUGUGCAAAUGUUUUUUAAAGUUGUUGGAAAUUUUGGAUUAUUUGUAAUCGCGUAUUCGAGUAUUGUAAUAGGGUUUACUUUGUCGUUUGGAAUUUUACUAGACGAUGUCAACGAUGAAGUGAGAACUUUCAGCAAUAUUUUUCACUCUUUCUUAUCUACAAUGGUGAUGAUGACGGGGGAAUUAGAACUUUCGAAAGUUAUCGAACAAACUGGAAAAUAUCACCCGCUUUUCGUAGACACUUACAUUGUUUUUACGGCAUUUUUAUUACUCGUGACCGUGGUUCUAAUGAAUUUAUUAGUGGGUCUCGCCGUUAGUGAUAUUCAGGGGUUGAGAGAAGGGGCAAAAGUUGCAAGACUUUCUCGAUUAGUGGUUGCAAUUUCUCAACUGGAAUCUAUGCUAUUCUCAAACGGUCUGAUAAAUAUCUUGCCCAACAAGCUGAUAAAGCAUCUUAGAAAGAAUGCUCUUUUCGCAAACGAAUAUAAAAUGUACACAUUUAAUUUUCGACCACAUGAUCCGCGGGACAUGACAUUGCCUUCAGGAGUACAGAUGGAAGCUCUCCAAAUUUUGGAGAAAAGAGAAAGUGACAGAAUUCGCAAUAUGAAAAAGGCUGAAAAAGAAAUCGACACGAAGUUGGAAUUGAUUGAAAGAUUGGAGAAAGUUGAGACAAUGCUACAAAAUCUGGAUAAAUUCAUGCAUAAUAUUCCAUCGAAUGCUAUGCAUCAAUAAUCUAUGCAAGCAGGCAGACGUAUAAAUCAUUUUAUGUCAAAUUAUUUUAUGUAUUCGCAUGAAAAAACGAAACUAAGGAACCAAUUUGCUAAUUGUGCAUUAAAUUUUCUCCUUGUAACCUUAUAUGAAAUAAAUAUUUAUAAAUCUUA